UAGCAAAUAAGGGUGAAAGGUAAUGUUUCCGGGAUAGACAUGAUGAAUGUAAACAAACAUGUUUCAUAGUUGAGAGUAUAAGGCUAGGCCUAAACAGGCCUAAAUGUUGUUUACUGUCAAAUAUUAAUGGGCUAGUAUGACACGGAGAUGUUUGAUUCUUAUUUUGUGUGGCAUUCCAGGAGCAGGAAAAUCAACUCUAGCUUCAAAUUUAGAACGAGAUAUUGAUAGGCCUACGUCUGAGCGUAGCAAGAGGAAGACCUUGUUGAGGGCGACGGUAACAACAUGGAUAUGUUUUGACGACGUCAUCCCUCAUUCCAUUGAUGUAGGGUCAGUGGCACUUGAUACAAACGGGAUAACAAAGGAUUAUGGGAUUUGGAAGGCAUAUAGAUUGCAGAUAGUAAAAACAAUCGAUGACAUCAUAUCUAAAGUUAUAAACGGAGAUAUAUCACAUUUUUACGAAUUACCAGAGCAAGAACAUGAAGCAACAAGCAUUUCUAAACAUGUUGAAGAAAUAAUUAAAACAGCUUUUAAGUCAAGUUUGUUGAAGUACUUGGACCAGAAUGAAUGUGGUAACACAGUCAGUAGAGAAGGAGACAAAAACAAGACAAGAGAAUUCGGAAAGAAAAAUGAUUUUGAAGAUAUUGAUUUUGUGUUUGUUAUGGAUGAUAAUUUCUACUACAGAAGCAUGAGAUAUCAAUAUUUUCAGAUAUGUAGGAAAUAUAAUAUUGCUUUCUGUCAAAUUCAUAUGCAUUGUUCUGUGGAUGUUGCACUUGAGAGAAACAGCUCACGAAACAAUAGAGUUCCUGACGAUACGAUCAUUAACAUGGCUACAAGAUUUGAAGCACCAGAUGUCAGUAAAGGUUCCUGGGAAGAAAUGUCACUUCAAAUAGAUGCUGCCAAUGAAUUGAUUGAAGAUACCUGGAUUUCUGUAUCAGCAUUGUUAUGUAAAGCCUUGGAUUACCCAGUUCAACCAAUGAUAGUGGAAGAUCAGCAACAAAAGGAGCAAAGCCGACAAAGUUGCUUAAGAAGCCUGAUUCACCAAGGAGAUCAAAUCUUGAGACGAUUGAUUACCGAGAGGAUGAAGUUGAGUAAAGAAACUGGAAUGGAAAAAUCUGAGAUGAAAAUGCAAUCCGAGAAGCUUAACCAAGCAAGACAAGAGAUUUUGAAAUCUUUGAGAGAUGCAAAUUUAUCACCACCACCAGAUGAAGCAAGCUACCCUUCCAGGUUUAAAAUUUUUCUAGAGAAGCUUCUUGAUGAUCACAAAAAUAGCUUAUGAUGAGGAUAAGGCCAAAACAGUGUUUGUGUUGUGAUUUUAAAUUAAUGUUUGGAAAGGGAGCAAGCUUUUAACAGUUUAACCAUGGGCAGAAUUACUUGAUUUCCAAGUACCAGUCUCUAUGUGGUCAAGCAUUUUGAAACAUCUAUACUGGAGCACAUAGGGUUUAUUUGAAAAGUGUCUGGCCCAGGCCGGUAUCCAGCUUGUUGAAUGGGGGGGUGCGUUUUGCGAGCACAGCGGGCAACCAGGCUGGGGGCCAGGGGGCCGUGGACGGCCCCAGAAAAAUUUGCUUUUUUACGUCCUAGUAGACUAAUUUGAAAGCAUUUUAUCAUGUUAAUCUCUAUAUGUCCGUGAACACAGCGAUAGGGCCUA